CCCCCCCUCCACCCCGACGGGCCGGGGCCGAGGCCGCUCCGCAGAGGCCGAUGCCCGACCGCUCGUUCCGCAACGGGCCCCGCACCGGCCCCCGCGGGGACCCGGCGACCUCCCGGCGGGGGCGGAGUAGCGGGAUGCCGCUCCGUCCCCUCGCCGCCGCCGCCGCCGCCGCCAUGGCAACCACCCGUCGCCGCCCCCCCGUGCUUCUCCCCCCGCUCCUCUCCCCGGUCUGACAGAGCAAGAAGGGCUGCGCCCCCCUCCCCGCACCGCUCCCGUCCGCGGACACGCACCCCGGCUCUCCCAGGCCUGUCCAGAUGUUCAGCUGUCCAUUCAGCAAUACUGCACAGCUGCUGUGAUGCGAGACCAUAUGUCCAGCAAUCUCAGGGAGCUGUGGAAAAUUUUUGGUCUGCCUGGCUAAAGUUUCGGUCAGAGCAAGACACAUGUCCAGAAAAAAACAGGUAUAUUAUAGCCCUAUCAGUGAGGAAUUAACAUUGAUUUGAAGAAAAAAAGUCUGAUUAGUAUGCAGUAAAUAAGGCUUGAUGCAACUAUUGAAACAAUGAGAGUAAAGCAGAAAUGAGUAACUGCUCAUUUAACGAGUGUCAAUCCGCCCUGUGCAAGAGUCGAGUGUCUGUGGAGAAAAUGGGACGCAGUUGUGUAACUGGUUGUGUCAAAACACAUAGGCAUAAAAGCGACAUGUAAAGAUAGCAAAGAUGCCUUUCAUUUUGGCACUCGCAGAGUAGAAUGUUCAAUAUCAAGCAACAGGAAAACCCCUGCUACAGCCCCCAUCUAUAGGGGAAGGCAUUUAUUGCCUCUGGUAGCACUGUGGUGAGGUUAAGUGGGAGGUGGGCUGAAGGAGGGCAGUCGUCCUGCAUUCCCACUGGUGUUGCUCACAAGUUUGGAAUAGUGUGCUAAACAAGCUGUCCUGCUUUGCCCACCAUUCACACAGCCACUGUAUCUGCCUGUGGAUAUGUUUGUGUGUGUAUAAUGCUUUAAUGUUAAAAUAGAGACUGUCUUUUGGAUCUUGCUCAACUGUGCGUUGCUUUAGUUCUGGGAGAAAAAUUCUUUUCUGACCUCAGAUAGGGAUCAGCUCAGCUUAUGUUCCAAAGAAGAGAGAUUAAUAUCCCCUGUGACCUUUUAGCCUAGUUGCUGCAGGGUUUUUCACAAGUGGGCUUAAGACCCCAUGUGUGGCAGCUAUGCCGACAUGAAUGUCUGUAAUGUCUCUUCUUGUCAAUGAUCCGUGAACUAAGGAAUCUCCAAGGAUAUCUUGAUGUGCCGUGGAGCUGUUAUGGUCUAGUGCAGGAAAGAACCAUGCAAUGAUAGAAUGAAAAGCUGGUGUCACAAGUAAUGUGUAAGUUGUUCUAAAUGUACCUGACAACAGUUGUCCCUGGCUGUGUAUUUACUUAAAAGAUGUGGCUGUGAUAUGGUAGGAAAAACAAAUAUUUAAACAGAACCCCAAGCAACAAAAAACAAACAACAGAAGUGCUAUUUAUGACUUCUGUAUUUCUGGUUCCUUGGAUGUUUGCAAUGUUGUAUGAACUCUGUAAUGUAAUGUAGAACAGAUAAUAAAAAAUAAGUACGUAACAUGAAAAAGCCCCCUCCUAGUUCGAGUUAUUUCUUCCUCCCCACCCCCGGCGCUGAAGAGUGGGGUUGUCCAGAAAACAAUCUAGGAAGGAAUUCUUUCCUAAAAAUAAUUUUUCCUUAAUUUUGGCUUUACUUGUUUUGACUUACUUUGGCUAUUCUGAACGAACAUUGCCAUCGCUGGUGCGUGUAAAAGUUUUGUAGUUUGUUUAAAGUAUUUUUAGCCAUUAGUUUAAAAUAGCCAGUCUUUUUGCAAUAGGACCUCAAAGAACUGCCUGGGGGUCAGGGGCAGCACUGAUUUAGGACUGAGGUCUGCAGCUGCUGUUUCAAACAUGUCUGAGGUAUAUUCACCUUCUCAAGCUAUAUUACCUGAUUUGGUGUCUAGGGUAGGUGAUAAGUAAAAAUUAAAGUGCCCAAAUCCAAGAGAAAGCUCCAGAGGCUUUUGUCAGCCUAGCUCUGGAGGCAUCUACUGCUCACUAGGUACGUACACGUACAUCCACCAACCUCCCUGUAUGCUCCAAGUUUCAGUGCCUGUCGAUGUGUAGAAGCUCUCCAGCAUGACACGCUGGGCAUCAAGCUCUUGCUUAAGCUUCAGUGUCACCAGCAUGACCAGCUCUUGGUUGCUGGAGGCAAUGGGAGACUCUCCUUUGGUUUCCCCCCGCAGUUUUAAGACCACGUAAAUUUUUCUGCCUCCCACUUCCCAGCUCCCUGCGCUAACCACUCUUGUGACGUGAGCACGUGUUUGUGUGGCUGCUGUGCCUUGCCUCCUGCCCAUGGUUGGCCCAGCUUCCACUGGAGACAAGGAGGUUGUCUCCUCUAGUGAUCGGGGCACUUUUCUGGGAUUAAGGGGAGCUGGAUGCGAGUGUCAGCCCUCUUAAGGCAAAAGGGAGUUAAACAUGCCUGCAGGGUGGGAACUAGCUGUAAUAAACAGAUACGAGAGAUUGCUGCAGUAAGUGCAUGUUCUGUUUAAUGGAUUUCUAGGAAUUGAAUGCAGCAGUUCCUUAGAAAUAUUUUAUUUACUCUCUCUUUUUUGCUACAUGUGGGGAAAACCUCCAGAGAUUUGAGGACCAUUUUCCUUAUGGGGACAAGCUGGGUGCGCAGCAGAUCCUAACCUGGAUGUGUUUGAAGACAGGGCAAUGGAUUCUGCCCCAGGUGGUGUUUUGUUCGUUUGUAAGUUGACUCAUCAGACCUGAAUGGGUUGUAACCUAUUUUCAGCUCCUAUCGUUUUAUCAAAUUCCAGUGCAAUGCAAGUGACAUCACUUUUUCCUAUCAGUUAUCAUCUUCUGUAUUUUAAAAUUAAAUGGUCUUAAUUGCGACAGAGCUAGAGCUCUCCAGCAAUGUAUUCUGCCCUUCCUCAGCACCGGGAAAAAACAAAAUUAGGGUCGUCGCCCUUUCCACCUUAGUUCUACUCCUGCCCAGAAGUUUGUAACAGCUCUUGGGAGUGAUCUGCAGGCUGAAACGUGUGGCACAGCACGAGGACAAAGGUUUAUAUCAGGGUGAAUGUCAGGGAUGCCACCCGUCCCGAGUCAGAGGACAAGGGAAAGGAACUGAUGCUCUUUUUGUGUGACUUUUGAGUGAAGAUGAAUUUAGCAGAGAUUUGUGAUAAUGCCAAAAAAGGAAGAGAAUAUGCACUCCUUGGGAAUUAUGACUCUUCUAUGGUAUAUUACCAGGGUGUCAUCCAGCAAAUCCAGAGACAUUGCCAGUCAAUCAGAGAUCCAGCAAUUAAGGGCAAAUGGCAACAGGUCCGACAAGAAUUAGUUGAAGAAUAUGAACAAGUUAAGAGCAUUGUCAACACUUUAGAGAGUUUUAAAAUGGAUAGACCUGCAGAUAUCCCUGUAUCCUGUCAAGAUGAGCCUUUUAGAGAUCCUGCUGUUUGGCCCCCUCCUGUUCCAGCUGAACACAGGGCUCCACCUCAGAUAAAACGUCCCAACCGAGAGGUAAAACCUUUGAGGAAAGAAUCACCAGGACUGCAGCCCCGUGGGCCUGCGGGCAGAGCGCACGCGGUAUCCAAGGGUGAGAAGUCUACAGGCAGCCGCGAAAGGGAAUCGAGAGCUAGAGGACGAGAUGACAAGGGAAAGAAAAUAUCCCAGGAAGUUGGUGAUGGGGAAAUUCCAAAAUUUGAUGGAGCAGGUUACGACAAAGACUUGGUCGAAGCUCUUGAAAGGGACAUUGUAUCAAGGAAUCCGAGCAUUCAUUGGGAUGACAUAGCAGAUUUGGAAGAAGCCAAGAAAUUAUUAAGAGAAGCUGUCGUUCUUCCAAUGUGGAUGCCUGAUUUUUUCAAAGGAAUCCGAAGACCUUGGAAGGGCGUGCUGAUGGUUGGUCCUCCUGGCACUGGCAAAACAAUGCUAGCGAAAGCUGUUGCUACAGAAUGUGGAACAACGUUCUUCAAUGUGUCUUCCUCUACCCUGACGUCUAAAUACCGGGGCGAGUCUGAGAAGCUGGUCCGCCUCUUGUUUGAAAUGGCAAGGUUUUACGCUCCAACAACAAUCUUCAUUGAUGAGAUAGAUUCCAUUUGCAGCCGCAGAGGCACGUCCGAUGAACACGAGGCGAGUCGCAGAGUCAAGUCAGAGCUGCUUGUGCAAAUGGACGGGGUAGGUGGUGCUCUGGAAAAUGAUGACCCUUCCAAGAUGGUUAUGGUAUUAGCUGCUACAAAUUUUCCCUGGGAUAUCGAUGAAGCUCUCCGACGGAGACUGGAGAAGAGGAUUUAUAUACCUUUGCCCACAGCAAAAGGCAGAGCAGAACUACUUAAGAUUAAUCUUCGGGAAGUAGAACUGGAUCCUGAUAUCAGCCUUGAAGAAAUUGCUGAGAAGAUUGAAGGCUAUUCUGGCGCUGACAUCACUAAUGUUUGCAGGGAUGCGUCUUUAAUGGCAAUGAGACGACGUAUUAACGGCUUAACUCCAGAAGAGAUUCGUGCACUUUCUAAAGAGGAGCUUCAGAUGCCGGUUACCAAGGGGGACUUUGAGCUGGCUCUGAAGAAAAUCUCCAAAUCUGUUUCUGCUGCAGACCUGGAGAAGUAUGAAAAAUGGAUGGCGGAGUUUGGAUCUGCUUAAUCUCAGUGACAGUUCUUCUUUGCUAGAGUUUUAUGGCUUUUGUUGUUUUCACUUGCAAAAUGAGUUAGAAGUCUUUUUAAAGGUUUAAUAAAAGGUCUGCCUCUGCCUCCAUCCCACCCCCUUCUGGUGACAAGAUCUUUUAAACUCCAUUUGCCUUUAAAGGGAAUGAACACAAUAAUGAGCUGGUACUGUAAAAGAUAUUUUUAUCUCUGAAAUAGUAAAAUAAGACAAACAGGAAGGGAAAAAUUACACUUGUGAGGAUAAUCUUUUUAUUUUUCCAAUGAAGAGCAGUGUUACUUAACCUCCUCAUAGUCAUCUUUCAUGGCUGGAAUCAAUAAAUCAGCCGGGGGAUGUGACUCCAGAGGAGCUAGCAAGGGCUUGCUGUGCCCCCUGCUCUUAAGUGCUACAUUUCUGUUGAGCUGCUGACUCUGCCUCCCUUGAAUGUGGCAUCGAAGUUACUGUUCUCUCUCUGCUCGGAUACUCAGAGCGAAGCCUGUGGAUUAAUUGGCAAUACACAGGAAACAAGGAUUAGUUUUCCAUCAAGGCAUGGGCUUGGCUCUCCUCUCAUGUACACCCAUUUGGAACUGAUGUCACCUCAGACUGGAUUGGUGUUACCUGUGAUGAAUUCUGAUGGAAAUGAGAGGAAAAGAAAAGGGCCUUGAUUGCUCUUAGUCUGGUUUGUGCUUGAUCUCUGAACAUAGUUUGUACCAGUUUGACCAGUAAUCUCUUUGAAGUUUGACCAGUAGGCACUUUGACUUAAGUUACAUCUUGCACUUCUAUGCGUAUGUAUCAUCCUAUACUUUGUCUGUGCUGUCUAUAUAUUAUUAUUAUUAUUAUUAUUAUUAUUAUUACUAUUAUUAUUGUUAUUGUUAUUAUUAAAGUACCAAGAGUUUAAUACAGUAAAGACACUAACAUCAAGGCUGUCUUUAAAACACAAGGCUGUCCUUAAAACACAUGGCUGUGGACUUUCACUUCUGAUUAGACAUGAACUCUUUCCUAGCUUUACUAGGCAAUGGGAUUUGCACCUGUUUAUGUUGUAGAACUGUUCAUGCUUAUUUUUUUUUUAAUGAAGGUUUCUUAAAAAUGUAUAAAUGUUAUUGAUUUGGGGGAAAUAAUCUGUAUGAUCUCAUUUAUGUUCUUAUCUGUUACUUCUCUUCCCACGUACAAGUGCAGGGAUGAGAAGGGUUGUGUUAUAAAGUCUGGCAUGAGAAAUUCUCUCUCUAGAGUAUAACUGUCAUGCUGACUAUGUGAGCUUUUCACAGACUCGGGCUGUGAGUCUGACAUACGAAGGUGUCCCAUGGUAGGAAUGAGAAGGAGAUGUCAAAUUUAUGGAGGAAUAUGCAAGCUCUCAAAUUUUGGGGGAUUUUGUGAGCUAGGCCCGAAGUAUCUUGGUGGAUCUGAGCUGCUCUGCGGUUCUGUAGGUAUUCAGCCCUUCAGCUCUCUGCUGAGACUUGUAGUGGCAUAGCCAAAUGUGGGAAAUUGGAAUAAGAAACAGAUAAUACCUCCUCUUGAAUGGAAGUAUAUCUUUAUUUGCUCCUUUUUGCUAGUUCUUGGAAGUUCCCAAUAAUGUCAGUAAUUCAGCACACUGGUCUCUUGGGCCACGACAUGUGAACCACUAAGGCAAAUGCUGCUCAAGUCUGUUUACUGUUCAAUAGCAAGGACUGUCAGGAUACGUGCAUGACAGCUCUGCAGCAUCUAUUUGAUUACGUGAGUGACUUUUGAAGCUGUUUUACCAUUGCUGCUUUGUCUGUCAGUAUUCCUUUUUCUUUCUUUGUAUGUGAAGACCAUGUCUCAGUUUGAUCCUGUCAUAAAGGGCUGCCCCAAUUUGCAUGGAGAAACACUAUGGAGAUUCUGUCAACCUUGCAUUUGACAUGAAACUCAGUCAGGGCUUUAGAAGCAUGUUUCCAUGUGGCACUCCAGAAAAAUAUCUUCUGGGGCCCCCAGACCGGUUGAGACACAGCUGCUGUUCAUAUCUUUCCAAGGACAGAGCAUCUCUGCUGCCUAGCGUUAGGCCCUGUUACACUCCUGGACAGGGAGGUUAGUGCAGAAAGAACACCAGCUUUUACCAUCUUCAGCUGCAGGGAGAAUAAAUGCUUCUUUCCUGACCAGUUUGCACUAAGUGCACAGCAGAGCCCUUGGGAUUCACAGUACCUGUGGCUGUCAGACUAAAAGGAACAGUUCUCUCUGCAUUGGAAGAUGAGCAAGCAGAAGCCGCGUUGACUCUUUACAAUUUUUGGAUAAAUUCCUACCAGGGCUAGUCUGUUCCUCCCAGCGAAUAACUGGACCUCUAUAGAGAGAAAGCUUUGAAAACAUGACUACAGUCUGUCAUUUCUUCCUUACGAAAGCUGUAGGCUGCAGCCGUUACUCUUGUUUGUUUGUUUUACUGCAGUAGAAAUCAGUAGAGCUACGCGAAUCUUUUGUGGCCAAUGCCAGAUUAGCAUUUCAAGUUCUCUCACUAGAGAGGCUAUUGCUGCCCGAGGAGCUUAGUCUACACAAGCAAGAUCUAGAAGGGAAUAGACAUGAAUGCCAAUAACUUACCCUGUGCAGCUGCACAAGAGCAGUGCUGGGAUACAGCAGUUGCUGCUUGGAAAGGUCUAAGUACGAGUUUUCUCAGUUUCAUAUUGCAAGCAGCAGUGCCCUUCCUGCAGAUGAAAGCACAGCGUUUAGCAAAAAUGUUGUUCCUUAGCUCUUUGAUGAACAUUCUACCUUAAGGCGUUAAACUUUCCUCUUGGAUAUUAAGCAAAAUUCACUGUAGUGGGCAUUCCCUCUAGCAGGAAUUAUUCAGGUGCUGCAGUCUUUUUCUCUAAAGGUCAUGAUUUCUGCCCCAAAUACAUUUUUCCCGUACAGGUCCAUUCAUCCUUUACUGCUGCAGAACAGAAAAGUGAAAGUUUCUGGGCUGUAGAUGUUUAUGUGUAUGAUGGUUGUGCCCAAGCAUUACACUCGUGACUUGGGCCCCUGGAAGACAGAGACCAUCCCCUCCCUGCUGAGACUUUUCAGGAUAGGGAUCUGACCCGGUAUGCUGACCCUUACAUCUUUACCACGUCACGCUGGUGCACUCACCUAGGUGGGCUUGGAGAUUGGGUUUUUAAUUCAAGAGGGGAGCCAGCGGCGGGGUGCAGCAAGGAGCAACCAGGGAAGGAAAGCCAGGCCAACAGUGACAGCAAGUCAAGGACCUAAGGAUGAGCUUACGGCUCAGCGUAAGUCCAAUUCGUGUCCCACUGGUGGAAACCCUUGUGUAGGGAUGUUGGAUUCCUCAGAGCGUGAUGUACUUAUCACAGCCUGCUGUGACAAUUUGUUCAGUCUGUGUCUGUAUACACGCACACACGUGUGUAUGUGUAUAUAUACGCACACAGUGUGUGGUGCUUCAGUAGUUUGUACCUAAAUUACAUAAAAACCAUGUUUUAAA